GUGACCAUGAGAUCCCUGCAGCUGCUCAGAGGCCCCUUCCUAUAUGGCCUGCUCUGGGCUUUUUGUGCUCCAGGUGCCAGGGCUGAGGAGCCCGGGGCCAAUGUCCCCCAUCCCAGCAGCGUGGGCCUCGAUAAGAACACAGUGCACGACCAAGAGCAUAUCAUGGAGCAUCUGGAAGGUGUCAUCAACAAACCAGAGGCGGAGAUGUCCCCACAAGAACUGCAGCUCCAUUAUUUCAAAAUGCACGAUUAUGAUGUAAAUAAUUUACUUGAUGGCUUAGAGCUCUCUACAGCCAUCACUCAUGUCCAUAAGGAGGAAGAGAGUGAACAGGCCCCACUAAUGAGUGAAGAAGAACUGAUUAACAUAAUAGAUGGUGUCUUGAGAGAUGAUGACAAGAACAAUGAUGGAUACAUUGACUAUGCUGAAUUUGCAAAAUCACUGCAAUAAACAUUAUUUGGCUAUCUCCUA